CAAGUGUACCUUACCAGGGAUGUAACUGAACGUUUUUUUCUGCAGUGCUUUUCUACUGGGCGAUCCAAGAUGGCCAGGAACUGCUCCGAGUGCAAGGAGAAGAGGGCAGCCCACAUCCUCUGCACCUACUGCAACCGCUGGCUGUGCAGCUCCUGCACGGAGGAGCACCGGCACGGCCCGGCCCCGGGGGGCCAGCUCUUUCCCCGGGCCCAGAAGGGCCCGCCAGCAGGAGUGAGUGGUGGUUCUGGGGACUUCGCCUUGUACUGUCCUCUGCACACACAGGAAGUGCUCAAGCUGUUCUGUGAGACUUGUGAUGUUCUAACGUGCCAUAGCUGCCUCAUGGUGGAACACAAAGAACACAGGUGUAGACAUCUUGAAGAAGUUCUGCAAAACCAGAGGAUGCUUCUGGAAAGUGUCACUACACAGGUGGCCCAUAAGAAAUCUAGUCUACAGACAUCUGCAAAGCAAAUUGAGGACAGGAUUUUUGAAGUGAAGCAUCAACACAGGAAGGUGGAAAACCAGAUCAAAAUGGCCAAGAUGGUUCUGAUGAAUGAACUGAAUAAACAGGCCAAUGGGCUCAUAGAGGAGUUGGAGGGCAUUACUAAUGAGAGAAAGCGGAAGCUGGAGCAACAGCUACAGAGCAUCAUGGUUCUCAACCGUCAGUUUGAACAUGUGCAGAACUUUAUCAAUUGGGCUGUCUGCAGCAAAACCAGUGUCCCUUUCCUCUUCAGCAAAGAGCUGAUUGUGUUUCAGAUGCAGCGAUUGCUGGAGACAAACUGUAACACAGAUCCUGGUUCCCCUUGGAGUAUCAGAUUCACCUGGGAGCCUAACUUCUGGACCAAGCAACUGGCUUCCCUUGGUUGUAUAACUACUGAAGGUGGACAGCUGUCCCGGGCAGAGACUCCUGCCUAUGUAGGCUUACAGGGACCGCCAUCCUUUUAUCAAAGCCACCAGUCCCCAGUGGCACAGCAAGAAACUCUCAGCCACCCCUCACACAAGUUCCAGUCUCCAGCACUAUGUUCCUCAUCUGUGUGCUGCUCCCACUGCUCCCCAGUCUCACCCUCCCUCAAAGGCCAGGUCCCUCCACCCAGCAUACAUUCAGCUCACAACUUCAGGCAACCCUCUGAGAUGGCACCCCAACAGCUGGGGUCUCUGCAGUGCCCUACCCUGCUGCCCAGGGAGAAAGAGCUGGCUUGCAAUCCUCAGCCACCCAAGCUGAUGCAGCCCUGGCUGGAAACGCAGCCCCCCACGGAACAGGAGAACGUGUCCCAGCGACCGGGGCAGCAGCUGACUUCCCAGCCUGUGUGCAUCGUGCCCCCACAGGAUGUUCAGCAAGGAGCCCAUGCCCAGCCCCCCUUACAGACACCCUCAAUCCAAGUCCAGUUUGGCCACCACCAGAAGCUGAAGCUCAGCCACUUUCAGCAGCAGCCACAGCAGCAGCUGCCACCUCUGCCGCCUCCGCCUCCCCCAACCCAGCAGCCGCCGCCGCCACCUCUACCUCCGUCCCAGCACCUGGCUCCCAGUCAGCAUGGGAGCCCUCCUGGGCCUGCCUGCUCUCAGAACAUGGAUAUAAUGCACCACAAAUUUGAGCUGGAGGAGAUGCAGAAGGACCUGGAGCUUCUCCUUCAGGCCCAACAGCCCAGCCUGCAGCUGAAUCAGACCAAAUCUCCUCAGCACCUCCAGCAAACCAUUGUAGGGCAGAUCAACUACAUUGUGAGGCAGCCAGCACCCGUCCAGUCCCAGAGUCAGGAGGAUGCCGUGCAGGCUUCAGAUGAGCCCCCAGCAUCUGAAGGUCCAAAGCCGGCUCUCCCUCUUGACAAGAAUACUGCUGCUAACUUGCCCCAGGUGUCCGGGGAAGAAACCCCUCCCAGUGUCCCCCCACUGGGCAGCACCAUCCAGCACUCUUCUCCGAAUGUGGUGAGAAAGCACUCCACUUCGGUGAGCAUCAUGGGCUUUUCCAACACACUGGAGAUGGAGCUGUCAUCUACCAGGCUGGCAAGGACCCUAGAGCCACAGAUCCAGAGUGUGAGCAGCCUGCCUGCAGCCCCUUCCCAUAUCAUACCAAACCUGCUGAGCGGCACCCCCACAACUAUGUCAAGCCUGAUGAGCAGUCAAAACCAGGCAGUGCCCAGCCUGACAGUCAGUCAUCUACAGACCAUACCCAGCCUUGUGCGUGGCACACCUCAGUCCGUGCCCAGCCUGAUGAGUGAUUCCUCCCAGGCCCUCACAAACCUAGCAAGUGAUCACUCGCAGGCCAGGCCCAAUCUGAUGUCUGGUCCCACCCACGCUAUGCCAAGUCUGGUGACUUGUCCUCUGCAGAGCAUGCCUCCAGCUUCUGAUGUGCAACCGGAAACUAGAUCUAGCUGCAGUCCUGGCUCUGGGCAAGCUGUGGGGAGUCUGUGUCCUGGAGAUGGGGCUGACCCCUCUCUUGGGAAUGCCCUGUGUAAGAUGAAAAGUGAGGAUUCUACCCGAUUUACGGACUCUCUGGGACAAGACUCCACAACCCCUGCUCUGGAUGCUUCCAAGGAUUUGGCUAUCCCUUCAGAACUGGAGGAGCCAAUUAACCUCUCUGUGAAGAAACCCCCACUGGUCCCAGUGGUCAACACAUCCAUGGCUCUGCAGCAGUACCAGAACCCAAAAGAGUAUGAGAAUUUUAAACAAGGAGCCCCGGAACUGGAUGCAAAAAAGAACAAGAAUAUCAGGCCCUUCAAUAGCGAGCCCAAGAUUCCCUAUGUGCGACUGGAGCGGCUCAAGAUCUGUGCUGCCUCCUCGGGAGAGAUGCCUGUGUUCAAGUUGAAGCCCCAGAAGAAUGAGCAGGAUGGGAGCUUCCUGCUGAUCAUCGAGUGUGGCACUGAGUCCUCCAGCAUGUCUAUUAAGGUCAGCCAGAACAACAUGCCUGAUGCCAUCCAGGCCCCAAGUCUGGGGGGAAGAAAGGUCACUGUCACUUCUCUGGCGGGGCAGCAGCCACCAGAAGGUGAGGGUACAUCUCCUGAAGAACAAAGACUCAUUCCUCGGACCCCUGGAGCCAAGAAGGGGCCCCCAGUACCAAUAGAGAAUGAGGACUUCUGCGCUGUGUGCCUCAACGGGGGAGAGUUGCUGUGCUGUGACCGCUGCCCCAAAGUGUUCCACCUUUCCUGCCACUUGCCAGCCCUGCUCAGCUUCCCUGGCGGAGAUUGGGUGUGUACCUUGUGCCGCAGCCUGACCCAGCCGGAGAUGGAGUACGACUGUGAGAAUGCCCGCUAUAACCAGCCUGGAAUGCGGGCCACUCCUGGCCUGAGCAUCUAUGACCAAAAGAAGUGUGAAAAGCUGGUAUUGUCCUUGUGCUGCAAUAGCCUCAGCCUGCCCUUCCACGAACCUGUCAGCCCACUGGCUAGGCAUUACUACCAGAUUAUCAAGAGGCCCAUGGACCUGUCGAUCAUUCGGAGGAAGCUACAGAAGAAGGACCCAGCUCACUAUACCACCCCAGAAGAGGUGGUGUCAGACGUCCGCCUCAUGUUCUGGAACUGUGCGAAGUUCAAUUAUCCCGACUCAGAGGUUGCAGAGGCUGGCCGCUGCCUGGAAGUGUUCUUCGAGGGCUGGUUGAAGGAGAUCUACCCGGAGAAACGGUUUGCCCAGCCAAGACAGGAGGACUCAGACUCUGAGGAGGUGGCAAGUGAGAGUGGAUAUUCCACUCCGCAGGGCUUCCCAUGGCCCCCCUAUGUGCAGGAGGGCAUCCAACCCAAGAGGCGGCGGCGACAUAUGGAGAAUGAAAGAGCAAAAAGAAUGUCAUUCCGCCUGGCCAGCAGCAUCUCCCAGGUGUGAGAGCUGGCAGUACAGUGAAUGCUCUGGCAGCUGACACCCCGACCCAUUGACCACUCCUCCCCACCUUUCAGCUCAUUCUCUUCAGAUCGUGGAUGUGAGACGAGUCUUGUCGAGCUGUGUAGUGCUCUUCUUUGCCGUUUGCAUCUUACAACAUUCAUUUGGGAGCCAUAGUGCAUCCACUACAGAGAAGAUUUCAGUAAUAAACAGCAAAGAAGGAGGUUUUAGUCCCUAUUACCAGAAAAAUCAGAUGUGUGGGAUCCACUUGACAAGACCAAGCCUGGUCAGGCUUGGGAGGACUUAACUUCCUUGGUGACUGCUCUCUGCUGAGGAAAGCAGACUUUUCUCACCUUUCAGUGUGCGGGGCUCAGGAGCAAUGUAUCUGUCUGAAGUCCUCCUGGGCCCAGAAGAGGGUAAGAGAAGGGAGAGAGGUUCUGACAUAGGGCAGGCCUGUGAUCUCUGGCCCAACACAGCCAAAGACUGUCACUGUUUGCCUUUGCUUGGCCUGCCAGGACAGGAAGCUGCCCUGGGCAGGGUGAUGGAGGCUUCCAGAGGCCAUGGGUCUCAACUGGUGCCUAUUUGGGUUCUAACGGUUUUCAGGGUAUUUGUUUCUCAUGCUCCCUGUCUCAAUGUUGACUUACGUGGCUGCUGUGAAAGUGUCUGGGUGGUAUGGAUGGCAUUCUUGAUGGGGCCGGGUGGCUGUGCAGGGACCACUGACAGCUUCAGGCUCAGACUUCCCUUGCAGGCCUAGGAGAUGUCAACCUCAGAGCCUGUCCUCUGUGCCACAUCCUUUGGGUUAGUAACUCUUCUUUAGUGUCAGAACCUGCCUUCCUAGAAGUGAUUGUCAGUGUCCAUUCCUUCAUUUUCUCCACUCAGAGGUCUGGAGCCUGAGCUCUGCUUGGGUAAACCUGAGAGUUGGGCUGGGCAAAGAGAGUGACCCAGAACUGGUUCACUGUGCUCAGCUUCUCCUCCAUGGUAGAGAUCCUCAGCCUCUCCACAUUCACAGAGCCAAAGAUCAGAAGUGAAUUCUCUGACUUGCUCACCCCCAGGCUCUCUGCAGCCCCCCAAAAGCCAGACUCUGCUGGCAGCCCUUUUCUGCUGGAGGUUGGAGAAGGCCAAAGGCACUGCCAGGAGCCCAUGUAACCCUUCAUGGGGGAAGCUCUGUCUCAGGUGGAGAAGGGGAAAAUUGAAAUGUGAGAAGCCAGUGUCCUUCAGUGACUGUGAAGCAACUUCAGGACAUCACUUCUCUGAGAAUGCAGAAGGAAAUGUUCUGGAAGCCACGGGAACAGGAAUUCCAGACUCUAUCUCAGAUGGAGAUGAAUCUUCGUGGUCUGUGCGGGGUGUUUGGGGAAGGUUGCACCGCCCCCCCCCCACUGGGGGUCAGGAUACUUCCUCAGCCAGGACUUGAUUGAGAAGGACCCUAUUGCUGAUGGUACUGGGGGAGCUGCAGACCUGGGCUUCAGUGGGCUGGCCCAGAGACACCGCUUUCUCUAGUCUGGUCACGGCUUGGCUAAUUCCAAGGGAGUCUUAGGCCAUGGCUUUAUUUUUGAUAAGAUGAAGUUUAAGGAAACUGUUGUUUGUAGGGCCUUUGUUAAGGGGAACAUUCUGCUCAGAGAAAUCUCUGCUUUCCUUGUCAGUUGGUGGUGCUGCUCAUUUCCUUUGCCACCCAGGCUGGGAGGCUGUCCUCGGCCGGCCAUUCUUUCACCAGCACCUGCCAGGCUCUCCUGCGCAGUCAGGCUUCCAUAAUCCCGUUUCCCAGUUUGGGGUAACUAAGUCUUUUGUGCUCCACUAGCCAGGCCCUCUUUAGACCUAGCCCUGUGCUCUGUGGGGCUCACAUGACUCUCUGGCUUGGGCUCUGGCCACUUUCCUUUCAAUGUUUGAAUUGUUUUCUCUGUUUAGUUGACUUGGCAAGGUUCCCUCUAUAAUGAAUGAAUUCAUGCUCUAGGUCAUCUUUCCUUUAUUGUGGCCCCACUCCCACCUCCCCUGAGUGAGAAUCAUGGUGCUUUGUGUCAGACAGUCAGGUGAGGGCUAUGCCAGUCUCAGCCUGACUGAGAUGCUUCCACAGGACCAGCCGGAGACCACAAAUGUGAAGCAGAAAUGUGGGGCUCAAUGCGUAGCUCCCCUCCUAUUAGUGAAGCUCCCAGCUGGGUAGAGCCUGCUGGGCCAGGGAAUUUUAGGAACCUAGUAGAGAGUCACGUAUUCCUUUCCUAUCACAGAGACCCUGCAUGCUGAGAGGCCCACUUUUGGCACCUGAGCAGACAUAGGGUAUCCUCCCUGCAAGGCCCUGGCCUGCCACACCACCCCUGCCCUGCUUACCCCACACCACUGCCCUCUCCCAGGUUUUCCUUGUGUACUCAGCACCAAUGUUUUGUGUCAUGGUUUUGUUUUGUUUUGCAUGCAGAAAACAGGACAUGACUUUUUAGAAAUUAAAAAAAAAAAGCUGCUAGCUGAGUGACUGACUUUAGUGGCUCUUCACUAACAUCAGAGCUGAUCCUGCUUUUGACUCCCAUAAUGGCCCCUUUUGAAGUCAGGCCAGUCCUUAGCUCUUGAUAAAGUCAUGAAAUGGAAAUACAGCGAGUCCAAGGCCUCACAGUACAGAAGGCAGUCCUGGAAAAGUUGGGCUCCUUGGACGUGCAGAGAAACAGGAGAGCCGGGCGGCUUUUGGGGGAGGCUGAGGGGAUUUUAGUGUACACAUUGCUGCAGGAUGAAUGGCAGUAUCCUCUUCCAGGACAUGGGCAGGCUGGCCCUCCCUGACUCCUAAUGGUUGGCAACUAUGCCCUCUGCAGGUCCCCCUCCCACAGUGGCAGCUGCCGGGCCCUCUGUGGGCUCUGCGCCAGGCAGGCCUCGCCGUCAGAUUCUGUGUGUUCUGGCUCCUGUGCCCAUUUCUGGUGACAAGUCUUUGCCUUGCUCCUAAGACCUAACCCCCCAACCCCCUUAUUUGUUCCUGGCCUCCGCUCUGCUCCCUCUCUCACUCCAGGAUGUCACGGGUAGUCUUCCCUUCUGAACUCUUAACUUCUCCUGGAUCCAAGUCCCCUGUGCGGCGUCCUCUCCCGCUCCCUCCCUGCUGCUUAUUUGAAUGACUGCUCUUUUAGUGCAGCUCCCUAACCUUCUCUCUCUGUUCUCCCAGUCUUUCAGCUUUCUCCCGGGCUUCUUCCUCUCCCUACUUGAACCUGUAGCCCAUCACACACUGACCUUUUUAUCAGCAUCUUGAACUUUCUUAUCCUCUACAACUCAAAACUUCCCCUGAACCUGCCAACCAUUCUUGGUGUCCUGCAUCAGUUAUUUUCUGCUGUCUUCCUGGGUUGCUAAACAUUACAGGCUCACAGUUGACACCCUCUGUAGGGCUGUCAGCAUUGAUUGGGAUAUCUCUGACGUGUGAUUUUGUUGCUCUCUGUCCAUGCCCUUCAUCUUUGCUUUCUGCAAACAACUGACCUCACUGCCUACUCACAGAAAAGCCCCUAAAGCAAGAACCUCCUUGCCCAUUUGCUCCUCUCUCCUUCCCAUCUGUCUGUGUCUACAUCCCUCCUCAGGUCCUUCCCUCUUGCUCCUGUUUGGUGCUGUUUCUUGAAUUCUGCUGUAUGGCCUCCAAGACCUCUGCCCCUCAUCCCACUGUCCAACUUGCUGGGGUCUUAACUUCCUCUCCACUGGCUGCUCCACAUAGCCUACAAACAAGUAAAGGUUUCCCCAAGACUAAAACAAAACUUCUUAGAGUCUGUUGCCCCUUACACAUUUUCCUUAUUAGCCAAGUUUUUUAAAAAAAGAAUUUUUUCCACUAAUUCUUCUCAAUCACUCUUCAACCUUACAACUUUUCAUAAAAGUUACCAGUGACCACCCCAUUGCGAAAUUGAAAGAAGACCUUUCAGUCCUCAGCUGCCUGGAACUCUCCACAGCAUUUCAAACCAUCUCCACUUCCUCUUUGAAACAGCCCCUUCACAUGGCUUUUUUGACACCAUAGGUCUCUGGAUUAUUCUCUUACCUGUCAGCCACACAGGCUGAGCAUUUUUUGAAAUCUUGACGAGCGAACACAUCCAUAGCUUUUUGUGAUCUCUCUUCUUCAGGAGUUGGGCAGUCAGGAGGAAGCACAGCUGCUCUGCUCCCCACCUCUGAGUUUCCUGUUUUCCUUGAAUCCAUUUCUUCUCCUGGACUCAGUUCUCCCCAUGCCAGUCAUGUUUAUGAACUCUCGAGGAAGGACAGCAUCUGUGAGCCCUUCCCUCUGUCUUUCCCAGUUCAGCAUGGAGAUAGGUUUUAGCUGUGGUCACCAAGAGGUCCCAUCUAAAUCAGCCCAUGAAAGUGAAUUGAGUCUUACCAAGAAGCAGUUUGGUAAAUGGGAUUCCUAGGCUGAAGGGCAGCUCAUUACCACGAUCCCCAUGUCAAUUAGAGUAAAACAUGUUGCUGUGCAUGGUUCAGUGAGCUCUGACCCAGGAGGUGGAUCCUGGCAGGGGUGAGUGUCUGCCACUGGGAACAUUCUAGUGGAGGGAAAACAGAAGUUCUGUGAUUCAUCACUUGCUUGGGGCUCCGCCAAGGUCAUUGUGGCCUCCUUUAGCCAGGUCUUUCCCAUCUGUGUUGAUCAUCACCACCUGCUUGCUCCAGUUGUUCCUAGAGCUGGAGGUACAGGUUGGUUGUUUUCUUGGAGGUGGGGAAAUGUAGUAGAAACUUAUGUGAUUUGAGAUGCUGAACACCUAAAGUUCACCUCUGCCAGUUAUGAGCUAUGUGACCUUGGGUAAAGUUUCCCCUUCUAUAGAGUUGGUUGUGGAGGAGGGUUGAAAACAGUAAUCUCUCAGAGGCUUUAUAGCUGGAAAGAUGGUGAUGGUGAUUCUAACUCUAAAGCUCAGGCCACACAGGGAGCAAGGGAGUGUUAGGGAAUCUUGGCCAAGACAGGACAAAGGGACUCACAGGCCAAACUGAGAUGCUUUGAGGAAAGCAGCUUUGAGCUACUUCUUGAGCCAUAUGCCCAUUCCUCAAGCUGCAUCCCUUUCUUGGAUAUCUAGGGUGAGUUCCUCUUAGGCCUUUUUCAGAAGUGGCCAUUGGAUCCAAAGUGGUUGGGGACAGGAGGGAGGAAUAUUGUAGAGGGAAGUGUCACUGAUCUUAAAAGGACCUACACAUUCAAGAACAAAUUAAAAAAUAGCACUUUUCUUUACCAA